AGUCCAUGUAAGACCAGUCAUUUGUCUCCAUUUUUAUUUCUGCUCUCUCAAAACCUCCAUUUUUCUUUUCUCCAAAAGCUUUAAAAAACAUCAAAUGGAGGACGAAGAAGAAUUCUCCAUAAAUCAAGAAGAAGAAACACAACAAAUAUUAAAAGUUCUUGAAGCACUAAAACAAGCUUCACAACAACUACAAACCAACCCAGAAUCCAACUCAUCUGAUUCAUCAGAUUCAUCCGCCAUUAAAGCUUUACUCGAGCUUGACACAGAGUUCGGGUCGGACUCACUCCUUUCAUCCGACCCGAACCUCUUAAACCUCUCUCACCAUAUCUCCGAUCUCAAAACCCUAAUAUCAUCCCUCCAAAAAUCCAAACACAACAAACAUGGUAGGAUCAAAUCUUUCCUCACUCGCCGAGUCAAAACUCAUGAAAUUACUCGAGUUGCAGAGUCAAUCGAGACAGAAAUCCAAGCCUGGAUUGACAGAGAAUCGAUCAUGAAUCUGACCAUGCAACUCCAGCAAAUACGUUUGCUAGAAUCAAGUUCGUCGUCAUAUGAAGAAGAAGAAGAAGUUAUUGAGAAACUAGGUUUCUUGCAUGAUAGACUAAGUCAAGGUUUUAACAUAAACCUUCAGGAUUUAUUGUUAAGAUCGAAAAUAUUUUCCGAGCUGGAAUAUUUGUUAUGUAACUGUAAUGUGUCCCUAAAAGUGCGUGAAAAAGCAGGGUAUGCUUUAAAAGAAGUUGUACUUUUCAAUAAAGAUGUUUUUGUAGGGCAAGUUUUAAUGGGUGAAACUAUAAAAGCUUUAGUUUCAAUGGAUUCUUUGUGUUCAUUGGAAGUUUUAACUUCACUUAUAAAAGCAAUUAGAAGUCCUCUCGUUGAUGUAAUCGAAUCUCUUAAUGGGAUUUCGAAGGUAAUUUCGUAUUUGGAUUCGGAGGAUUUUGUUAUUAGAGUAAUGGCAAUGGAUUGUGUUCUUGAAAUCGGGUAUUUUGGGAGAAAAGAAGCUGUAGAAGCCAUGUUGAAUUGUGGGCUGAUUAAGAAAUUAGUGGAAUUACAGAGGUCGGAAGUAGGUGGUGAUUUGAUUGAUUUAGAAAAAGCUCAUCAGAAAAUUGAAGAAGAAAAUCAAGAACAAGGUGUGAAGAAGAAAAGGGGUUACAGAGAAAAGAGAUAUUUGGAGAGGCAUCCAUUUGCUAGCUGUGUAGCGAGAUUUGCAGUGCAAUUACAAGUAGGAGAAGGAUUAAGGCAAAGAGAAAAAAGGGGUUUUAAACAAGAGAUAUUGAAGAAGAUUAGAGAAGCUUGUGAUACUGAUGCUGAAGCUGCUACCAUUGUUGCUGAGGUUUUGUGGGGUUCUUCACCUUGAAAUUAUUUAAUCAAACACGAACAUGAAGAGUAAAGAAAACAAUUGGGUGGGAGGCAUUGGUAUUUUUGGAAUUGGGGUAAUUUUUGUGGAUUAAAUUUAUGUUUAAUUGUGUAUGUAUGUACCAGUUGUUGUAAAGGGGUCCUGAAAUAAAUUCUUAGAUUAUUAUUUUUUCAGAUUACAUUUAGUUAAUUCAAGGCUUGUGUUUUGGUAAUAGAUUUCCGAAAUUUAGUUGGUUUACGAAUAGGAUUUUAAAUUUCAGUUAUAUAUAUAGUUAAACUCAGUCUCUUUUGUCCGAA